GAAUUCCAUCAAACAUCCACUGAUUUUUCCAACGGUGUUCAGAAACUGGUGAAUGGUGAAAAUCAUUUAAAAACUGAAAAAUGGAUGACAAAUAUAAAGUAAGGCGAUCAAAAUACGAAUCAACCGAUCCAGCAGUAAAAGAAGACAUGGCGAAGUUCAUUCAGCAAUUUGAGGAUGGUUUGAAAACGAAAAUACAACACAAACCAAUCGAUCCGGACCUGACUCAUAUUCUACCGCGCCGAUUUCACGAGAAAACAUCCAAAAUCGUUCAUCUCAAUCCUUACGACGAUCGGGAGUUUGAAGAGAUAAUUAAACGUCGUCUAAAAGAAGCCUACCGCCAUUACAGCGUCGAGGGCAAAGAUUCGGACAGUCUCAGUCCGGAAACUGGCGAAGAAACUGACGAUGAGGACCGUUUGUCUAAAUUUGAACUGAAAAUCGACCCGAAAACAAAACCGCGAGAGUUGCGACUGAAGGAGGUGAAUUGGAUGGAUAACUUUCUGCGCAAAACACGAAAGGAAAGAAUUAAGUGGCAGACGAAGAUGUACAAAUCGGAUAAGAAACUGCUCGAGAAACCCUUGUUCGAGCAAGUUGAAGAACUAAUUGAUCUCGGUGCUCAAGAUUUCGCCGAGUGGUUGAACACUCUGGGGGCGGAAAAAUCUAACAUCUCAAAGGAUAUAAUCAAGCAGCUGUUUUCCAUCGGCGUCGAGGGUGAUUCUGCGAAAGCACUGCAUGUUGAACCGCGGGAGAUCCGAGCGAUUCCGGUAGAGGUGGCCAAAGACUGGAACGUUCAUUAUAUGGCACUGCAGCGUAGAAUCGCUCAGGUGAUGGCAAGCGACCGUCGGCAGGCAAAAGUUCGCGAGCGUCACGUCGCUUUCGGCCGCACGCUACCGAUGCACAUGCGCAGAUUCAAACGGUUCGACGAUAUCGAUGACAUUGUUCCCAACUUUCCGGAGGAGAUGAAAACAUUCGAGAAGGUGUUCAAGGGGAUUUGUCAUUUGCGAUCGGUUAAAAAUCUGGUGGAAUAUUUGAAGCAGCAUCCCGAGGUGCACAAGCCCAAAUAUCUGGUUGACCAGGGAAUGUUCAAAACGAAGAAAACGGAGCAAAGUGACCACGUGGCGCUAUACAAGCAUUACUUCCCAGGGUUUGGCAGAAUGGAAAAAUCAUAA